UUUCGCUAAAUUUUUGAUAUUUUCAUGAAGGGUUGUAUUGAUGUAUAUUGGUGGUCAAGCUCAAGCAACUAGAUAAGUUAUAUGGAUAGCGGUUAUUCAAUUCUGCCCAAGAUUUCUCACGUUGAAUUACAAGUUCAGCAUGGUAAUUAUGAAUCAGGUAAGCCUGGAUCUAACAAAGAUGCUUCCUUGAACUUGCUUCCAUCAGAUGAUCAUGAAGUCAAUAAUGAUUUAGAAUCUGUUCAUCAUGGUGAUGCUAAGGCAUCUUCUGGUCUUUAUGGGGCGGUGUUUAAUCUCACCACAUCCAUAAUUGGGGCUGGCAUUAUGGCAUUACCUGCAACUAUGAAGGUUUUAGGUAUGGCUUUAGGGCUAAUUUUGAUUGUCAUGAUUGGAUUUCUCUCUGAGAUUAGCGUCGAAUGGCUGAUCCGGUUCACUGUCCAUUGUAAUGUUUCCUCAUAUGGGGAAGUUGUUCAAGCUACAUUAGGCAGACCUGCUAGAAUUCUGUCUGAAAUUUGCAUAAUAGUUAACAAUGCAGGCGUUUUAGUUGUUUACUUGAUCAUAAUGGGCGACGUGAUGUCAGGUUCGCCUCAUCAUGUAGGUGUUUUCGAUCAAUGGUUAGGAAAUGGCUUAUGGGAUUAUCGAAAGCUUGUCAUUCUCAUCAUUAUGGUUAUUUUCCUCGCCCCACUUUGUUCUCUCGAUAAGAUUGAUUCCUUAAGCUUGACCUCAGCUGCAUCGGUUGGGCUAGCUGUUAUAUUUGUCUUGGUAGCAUCUGCUGUCGCGUUAAUUAAACUCAUUGAAGGAACUAUAGAGACUCCAAGAAUGAUGCCUGAUUUCGGUUCAAAGCAAUCGAUUCUCGAUUUGCUCGUGGUGAUCCCGAUCAUGUCGAACGCUUACGUCUGUCAUUUUAAUGUUCAGCCGAUUUAUAAUGAGCUUGAAGGCAGAACGCCUCAGAAGAUGUUCAGAGUAGGGAGGAUCACGACUGUCGUUUGCGUUUUGAUCUACGCUUCAACCGCGGUAUCUGGUUAUCUUCUUUUCGGGAAGAACACGGAGGCGGAUGUUUUGACGAACUUUGAUAUGGAUUUAGGUAUCCGUUUCAGCACAGCCUUAGACUACAUAGUGAGAGUCGGUUACAUUCUUCAUCUGGUUCUUGUUUUUCCUGUCAUUCAUUUCUCGUUACGACAGACGGUUGAUGGAUUGGUUUUCGAGGGUUCGAAGCCUCUAGCCGAAAGCAGGAAGAGAUCAUUGGGGUUAACCGUGGUUCUGUUGAUGAUGAUUUACGUUGGUUCUACUUUGAUUCCAAAUAUUUGGACUGCUUUUAAGUUUACUGGUGCGACAACUGCAGUUUCGUUGGGAUUUACCUUUCCUUCUUUGAUGGCAUUGCGAUUGAGUAAAUGUGGGCUUGUGUUGACGAAUGGGGAGAAGAUAUUGUCAUGGUUCAUGUUGGUUUUGGCAGUUAUAGUGAGCGUUGUUGGAACGGUUGGGAACGUUUUUAGUAUGAGAAGCAACUCGGUGUAAAUUAUUUUCUUCGAGUUUGUGAUGGUAAAAGGAGAAGAAUACCAUGGUGUCGGGUAGUGUCGGAUUUCUUCCUCGAGUAAGUCUGUUUUUUAUUCUUGAAACUAUUUUACUCGAGGUCCAUUUGAGAUUAUUUAUAUCUUCUUAGAGUUUAAGAGAAUUCAACAUGUAUACUAAUAAUUAUUAUAAAUCUAUUUAUUUAUUACUCUUUCAA